AUGAAGUCGUCCCUCCAGCUCGUGAUCGUAACGCUGCUUGCCCUUGGCGGUGAAACAUUCAACCUUUCUCCGGUACCGAACUACGUGUUCCGGGAGCCCGCACUGCAGCUACAUAUGGAAAAAGUUCGAAGUUCGUACUUUGGCUACUCGCUGAAUCUGCGUCCAGGCGGCGUCAUUGUCGGUGCCCCGAGAGCUCAAUCGGAUUUGGCUGCCCAGCGCAAGGUGAACGAAACGGGCGCCAUCUACCGCUGUCCCUUUACGGCGGACGGAGUAGAAUGUGCGCCAUACUACUUCGACCGGAUAGGCAACACCAAAGCAGAACAGUCGGACUUUGCGUACAACUCGGAAAAGAAGGACUUCCAGAUGCUGGGAGCCGCCAUGGAUGGGCACGGAUCGGACGGGGAUCGGUUUGUGGUAUGUGCACCGAAAACGAUCAGCGAACUGGUCGAUUAUUAUCUGCUGCAUGGUAUAUGCUACGUGACGGACGGUACCGAGCAGGACGAGGAACCGAAGGACAUUCGCAAGAUUAUACCAUUGCGUGCGAAAGAUAAACAGCUACACAAAGACGCACACGGCCAGUACUACAAUUACAUGUACGGGGAGCAGGGUAUAAGUGUCCACGUGACGGACGACGGGGAAGAGAUCUUGAUCGGUGCACCGGGAGUCUUCAACUGGCGUGGUACUGUGGUGCGCUAUCGGAGACGCUUCAACGAAGAUAUGGGAGGCCUCAGUCGACGUGACGGAUGGUCCGCUCAGCAACGCCCAACCAAUCGCCACAGGCGUCAAAUCAUUCAGUACAUUAGUGAUGUACCGAAUCCUUACUUUAGUACGGUGAAAGACGAUUCGUACUUUGGGUACGCGGUUGGAUCGGGAGAUUUCCGCGGUGAUCGUAAGAUCCUGUACGUAGCAAGUGCUCCACAAUCGAAGGGACAGGUCGGGGAGGUGUUCAUCUUCGACAUCAUCAAUGCGGACUCGUUCCUGGAGACACAGAUUAAGGUGCUGUACAGCUUUCCCGGACAGCAGCAGGGAGAGUACUUCGGAUACGCACUGUUGGCGGAAGAUUUUAAUGGCGACGGGUUUGCGGAUCUCGCGAUCGCGGCCCCGAUGCACAGUCGAUCGGGUGAUCAUGAUAAUGGGGUUGUGUACGUGUUUUGGAACGAGGGCGAACUGAACUUUCAGUUGCAAGGGAAGCUGGCCGGCAGUCAGGAUGUUGCCGGACGGUUCGGUACAAGUCUGGGACGAAUCGGGGACAUUAACAUGGAUGGAUAUAAUGACAUUGCUGUCGGAGCUCCUUUUGAGGGUAAUGGCGCUGUGUACAUCUUUCUCGGCUCGCCCGAUGGACUUCAAUCGAAACCGAGUCAAAAGCUAACACCACCCCCGAAUGAGCUUCUCUCACCACAGCCGAUGUUUGGCUUUGCACUUUCGCGUGGUAGUGAUAUCGAUGCCAACGGUUACAAAGACCUCGCCAUUGGUUCUCCGAAUGACGAAAAGGUGUACGUUUACCGGACGUAUCCGGUGGUACGCAUUGAGGCGGAAGUUACCUCCUCCAAACGCGAACUCACACUAGAAGACACAACGUUCGAUCUGUCCAUCUGUACGAGUGCAGUGUUUGCCGCAGGACAACCCUUCGACGUGCUGCUCAAGUACGAGCUGACCGUCGAUGGGCAGGUUGGCCGUGUAACGCUUCCCGGUGUUGGUGGGAAUAAACGUACGGAAACGAUCAGCGUUAGCGGGACGAGCGAGUGUCGUCGAAUCGAUGUCCGCCUGAAGGCUACCGCCGCCAGCAUCUAUAAGCCCGUGAUGGUGGAACUUUCCUACGAACUGGUACGAUCGCUACCAACCGAAACGGAUGCUGCGUUCUGUGCCGAGUGUGCUCUGCUCGAUCCGACCGUUCCGAAUCGAUUAAUACAAAAGAUUUCCUUCAAGACGGGCUGUCAGGGUGAGGUGUGCGUUUCGGAUCUACGUCUCGCUGCCCGCUGGCUAGACAUAACGCCGGUGUAUGUGCUCGGUAGCUCGAAGAAAGCGUCCCUCGAGUUUGAGGUGUACAAUGCGGGUGAGAAUGCAUAUUUGCCACAGCUGAACGUAACGCUUACGCCCGCUCGUCUAACGCUGGCUAAGCUAACGUCCGAGUGUCAGCAAACGAUCACAACGGAUGGUGUUAAUGUGCUGUGCGAUCUUAACAACGGACUGCCGCUGAAGGCAUCCUACACCGCACGGUACACACUGAUCCUCGAUAUGACCAAGCUGGAAGGGAGCAGUGCGGAGAUUAAGGCGGAAGCGCUAAGUACUAGCGAAGAAUCCGCACAGGAAGACAAUUUCCUGGAGCAGGUGCUUACGCUGCAGGAGUUUAGCGAUAUAGAGAUUAUCGGGAAAACGUCCACCUCGGAAGUGUUUCUGGAACAGCAAAGCGGUCUCCAUAAUGUAACGUACGAGAUUCAGGUUCACAGUAACGGUCCUAGCACUUUCCGACGGCUAGGUUUCACGCUGGAUGUUCCACUGGUGUACCACAAACCAAGCUCGGGACAAUCGUACAAGAUCAUCAGCUUUAAUAGCAUCGUCGUGUCGGGUUAUUACAACUACAAAACGCUUGACUAUACAUGGACGCAGAACGACACGAUACUGUUGCCGAAUCCGAUCGAGCACGAUCAUAUCGUUCCGCCGACCGUUGACGUCGAAGAUAUGCAUCGAUUGCCGAGCGAUUUUGUUCUUCUAUCUGGUGCUGGCAGUGCUGUAAUGGGUGACUUUGUUGGUGAAAAUCAACCCCACGGUUAUGAUUCAAGUUCGAUGGGUAUGCAUCGUCGUAGACGUCGGGAUCUUGGCAGUCGAUCGUCAGUACCAACCUACAACCGUUACACGGGACAACUCUCAGGACAUUCUCGCGUACGUCGAAGCCUAUCAAAAGUGAACGAUGCCACCGUACAGGCGCUGCCCGGAAAUCGGACACUGUUCUUUAACUGUGCCCAGGAGGACGCCCUCAUCGAGUGUGCCCGGCUUAAUAUCGCUGUGGACAUCUUUCGUCCGACCAAUGUACCGAUCAUCAUAACGCUACAGUUCCAGCUCAAUCUGGACGCUGUCAGUGAAGCGUUUCUUGAGCGAGAAGACAUCUUUGCUCUGAUGAUGCUAGCAGACGUACACAAGGAAGGUGAUCCGGAUGGCGCUACAUUCCGGCAGGUACGUAGCAACCCCUUCACCGUGGUGUAUCGUUACUCGGACGGUAGUACACCGAUCUGGGUGUACAUUGUGUCGGCACUCGGUGGACUGUUGCUGCUUGUGGCGAUCUCGUACGGCAUGUAUCGGGCUGGCUUUUUCAAGCGCAAAACAAAGGAAGAGAUGGAAAAACUUCAUCGAGAGAGCACACGUCUUAACGAGCCGGAACAGGGAAAUCAAUCACCGGCGGAGGCUACCACGGAACUGAACUGA